AUGCAGAUCCCUGAUCAGGAUGGGAACACGCCUGAAGAGUUGGAUCAAUUGAGGCAAGUCAUAUGGAAGAAGCGACAUCUGCUAAUGGGAAAAAGCUACGCCUUAUCACCAGACGCUCGUGGUGCCAUAUGCGACAUCGACGUGAGAAAUGCCAGGCCGAUUGCACAACGUGUACGAAAGGUGGCCCCUCAGUUCAAAGAAAAGUUGGCCGACCUGAUCAAGGGACUAUUGUCUGCGAAGAUCAUCCAGCCCUCUACCUCGCCAUGGGCCAGCCCAAUCGUCAUUAUUGUGAAGAAAAAUGGGGUGGACAUCAGGCUGUGCAUUGAUUACCAGUUGGUAAACGGCCUGAAUCAACUCAUGGUCUACCCCAUGCCACUGAGUAAAGAGAUACUAGAAGACUUGGAUAGUGCGUUGUAG